UUAAAGGAAAAAAAGGAGUGGAGACGGGAGCACCGAUGAGCGUUCAAAAUCGUUCACAAGCAAUCACCUGAAAGCAGAGAUGAACGCCGCCUUGCCUCGCAUUGAUCUUACGACGUCGAUGGCCACCACGAACUGCAGUUUUGUGCUUCAGAUGAACGACUCGCCAUUAAUCCGAAAGCAUUCGACUCCGAGACCGCCUUUCUUACCGCCUAUCCGCUGCACGCCUCUCCAGCAACAACUGCAGCAGCAGAGUGAAGCAAGCGGAAUUCUGUGUGAGCCUUGCAGUGGCAGUGGAUGGUUGCUUUGCGAUUUUUGUAAUGGUCAGAAGACCAAUGUAAGAGCUGCAAACAAUCGGAUCUACCGUCGCUGUCCAUCUUGCCGAGCUGUUGGAUCUAUCCUAUGUCCAAAUUGCAAAGUUUUCAAAUGCGUUUCCUUCCCCAACUACAGUGAUGGUGAGAAUCUAACCUUUUAAGCCUGCUCUCUGAUCCCACCAAUAGGGGGGAUGUACAGUUAGCUGUGAUUGUUGUGAACAUCUUGCUUGAAGGAUUCCCUUUUUGUUCUCUUAAUCAUAAUGUAUUUCCUAACCUCAGAUAUUUGUGACUUGAGAGGUAUUUGUGAGUGUUAGAUGCACAUUUUGCUCGACAGAUGCGUGCUCAUUCUUAGCUUCACGCAAAGGCUCUUAUCCCACAUUCUGUCUUUUUCUUUCUUUAGAAAUGACAAGUUUAGGGAAGUCGAUCAG